CUGAGCAUGCGCACAGUUCCGGUUCACAAAAAUAAUGGCCACCUUCACUGGGUGAGCAGACUUCCCCAAAUAAGUAACACAAAAUCCACAGAAAAAUGUUCAAAAACCUGAAAAAGAAGAUUGCAGAGGAUGUGGCCAAGUCGCCAUUGAAGCCCACUCAAGCCAGUAAGGACGGAGAGCAGGGAGGUGCUUCCAAGCAACCUGGUGCUGCCGCAUCACCAGGCAAUCCUACUACCGAGAGAAACCCACCAAGAGACUCACUCAACUCGCGCAGGCCGCAGGUAACCCCAGUAAAAUCUAAACCAGAACCCAGGCCAGAACCCAAGCCAGAACCCCACCCACAAGAUGCCGCAGACGGUGACAAACAGGCAGAGAACGGUGAGGGUCGGGGAGGCCCUUCCCCUGAGGACAGCCCCAGUAUGUCCUCGGCCCCGGAGGCUGAGCAGGCCGCAGCUAUGCAGAGUCAGCAGGACCAAGCUGCUGAAAUCACAAAGGAGAACACCACCCCUCUCCUGAGCACGCCCACCAAGACCCCACCCCAGCCCUCCACCCAUCCAGCAGCUGCCACCCCUGUCCCCGAGAGCCCCCUCUUCCCCCAGUACCAGACCCCAGUCAAGAGUACCUACCAGGCCCCCUCGGACACGGAGAGCGAGAUGGACGAGCCCGUGGUCAGCCUGGAUGCCUUCAGCAAGGAGGAGUUGUUCCAGAAGUUCAGGAAGGUGGAGCGAAGCCUGGCUAAGUACAAGGGCAAAUUCUCUGAGCUGAUCAGAGCGUACAAAGAUUUGCAAAAGGAUAAUGACAAAGUCAAGACCAUCAUGGCACAGAGUCAAGACAAAGCGCUGCGCAGAAUCUCAGAACUCAAGGAGGCUGCAGAUCUGGAUCGUCAAGCCAAGACUCAUCUGGUGGAGUCUUUCAAGAUGCAGUUGGAUGAGAAGGACGAGAUCAUCGGGGUUUUACAAACUCAGGUUGGCCUACUGAAGAAAGGCGUCGUGCCUGAUGAGUUCAAACCAAGUGAAGAAGCAACUGAUGGGUCCGGAGAGGCUUCCUCAGCUGAGACCGUCAACGCACUCAAAGAAAAGGUGAAGAGGCUAGAGGGGCUGCUGACCAAGUGCAAAGACACAAUCCGCAACAACAAAGAGAAGUCAGCCGGCUUGCUGACGGAGAAAGACAACUUGAAGAAGCAACUGGAGGAGAAUGCCAAGGAGUUGGAACAACUCAAGGAGCGACAGUCAGCCGAACAGGUCAAGUUCUCGGAGCAAGUGAGCCAGGCCAAGUCUCUCCUAGACCAGGCCGGGGAGGAGAAGGCCCUAGCCAUCGCAGAGACCAAACAACACAUGCACGGGGAGCUGGAGAAGAGCCAGGCAGAAGGGGCGGAGCAUAGGGAGAAGGCCAGGGAGGCGGGGCAUGAGAGAGACGACUUGAGACAGAAGCUGGGCGAGACUGAGAAAACAGUUCUUGAGUUGCGGCAGCAGCUGGAAACAACUGAAAAACGAGGCGAGGAAGAAAAGCAGAACCUUGCCCAGGAGCUGUCCAGAGGCAAACAAGCAGUCAUCUCGCUCAUGCAGGAAGAGAAAGAGACAGUAAAGAAAGAUUUAGAGAAGAUGAAGGAGGAUGCGAUAGCUGAGAGGAACAGCCACUGGGAGGGCAUCUUGAAGCAGAAACAGCAGGAGCAUGAGAAUGCCCUGGCAACCAAGGAGAAAGAUCUCCAGAUGGCCAUGAAGCUGAGAGACGAAGAGCAGAAGAAGAUUCUCAAGGAGCGAGAGCAAGAGAUGAUGAUGGCCAUCGAGGAGAGAGAACUGCAAAAGAUGGCUGCCGUGAGCGCUCAGGACAGCCAGAAGGAUGAGCUUCAACGCACCAUCGAUGCCAUGACCACGGAAAAGCUUGAGAUGGAGGGCAACUUACAGCAGUUGAAAGACAAGCUUGAGACUGACAAAACGGGAGCUCGUAACAAGAUAGAAGACAUAGUGAAGCGCAGCCGCACAGCCAUAGCUAACAAUAAAGAGAAACACGAGAAGGCCAUGGAAGACCUGAAGGCAGCCCAUCAGGAGGAACUCUCCACAAGGAUCGAGGAGAUGAAGCAGGAACAGCGGUCGUACAUUGAUGAGAUGAAGCGAACACAGGAGGAGGUCUUGGAGACAACCAAUAAGGAUGCCGACGCUCGUUACAACGCCAAAGUGGAUGAGCUGAAUCAGAACCAUCAGAAGAUUGUCCAAGAGAAGAUUGACCAGUUGCAGAAGCUGGCGGCAAAGGCUUCCGAGAUGAAGCAGCGGAUCCAAGAGCUGACUGGUGAAAUGCAGAAAAAGAAUGAGACGAUAGUGUCCUUGGAGGAGAAGGUCAAGAUGGAGGAAUCUGCCAGGACAGAGGAUGUUGGAGAACAGCUUAGAAAGCUUGAAGAAUCCUGUGCGCAAGCAGAAGACCUGAAGCGAGUGAGUUCUGAACUUCAGGAUCGCUUGGAUCAGAAGGUCAAGGAAGCUGAAACUCGGAUUGCAGAAUUGGAUGAGCAGAUGAAGGCUGCAGCCGAAGUUCAUCUCAAAGAGCUUAGGGAUAAGGAAAAUGAAAUCCAGAAGUGUCUCUCUGAAAUGGAUGAGCUGAGGCAUCAGAAUGAUGCUCUGAACAGAGACAUGGAAGCUAAGGCCAAAGAGCAUGAGAACAAGAUUGCCGAGUUUGAACAGAAGAUGCAAUUCCAGCAGGAUAACCAUGAAAAGGAGUUGAUGAGAAGGUUAGAAGCGUUGGAAAUCCAGAAGCAGAGCUCAGCUGAUGAGUUUGCCAGCCAGCUUAGCAACAAGCUUACUGAGGCUAACAGCACUGUAGCUGAACAAGAGAAGACAAUCCAGGACCUGCAGCUGAAAGAGAAGGAGUUACAGAACUCUUUGGAAGCUCUUCAACUCAAACUUGAUGGAGAUCUGGCCGCAGUUAACGAAAGCUUGCAGUUAGAAAGACAGAAACACUCUGAACAGUUAGGCAGAAUAAAUACAGCCUUACAAGAAGUGAACUCUCACAAUGAAAAGUAUUCAGAGGAAAUCCAAGCUCUAAGGAAAAGCCUGGAAGAGAAAGACACCCUCUCCUCAGAUCUCCAAGAUCAACUUUCUGCCAUCCAAGAGGAGAAGGCAAGACUAGACAGUGAAUAUGCUGAAAGUACUCAGAAACUUCAAGCAGAACUUGACGCCAAGGUUUCCAGAGUUGCUGAACUUGAAAACCAAGUUUCAGAAAUACAAGAACAUGCAGAAACUAGGCAGCAUGAGCACGAGGAGGCCAACAACAAACUUGAAUCUCUACUAAAUGAAAGACUAUCACAACUCAAAAGUAAAGAGGACGAAGAAGAGAGAUUAGUAUCCCUUUAUAAGGAAAAGGAGAACCUGUGUGAGUCGCUUGAACUGCAACUAACUGAUAAUGAAAACAAACAUAAAGAAACAGUUGCACAACUUGAAUCAAGUUUCCAAGAGAGGUUACAGGAGGAGAGGGCCAACCACGAGAAGGAUUUGGAGAGGAGGUUGGAGUCGGUUGAGAUUCAGAAACAGAGUUCAGUUGAUGAGCUAACAGGAAAACUCGGAGAGCAGCUCGCCGAAGCUCAUGAUGAGAUAAGUCAGAGAGAAAAGGUCAUACAGGAUCUCAAGUCUAGCUCUGCUUCCCUCCAGCAAAGUCUGGAUGAGCUCAGAAAUGACCAUGAAGCCGCAACGGUCAGGUUGCAGGCAAAGGAAGCAGAGUUGGAGACCCUCCGAACAGAGAAGGACAGUCAGCUGGAGGAAUCCAAAAGCAAAGAAGCAGAUUUGUCAACAUCCUUGGAUGCCUUGAGAAAGGAGUUCGAUCAGAAGUCAGAGGAGUUGCAAAGGGUGGAGUCAGAUCUCCAAUCAGAAAUUGCAAAGCUGGAGGAUACCCAUACCAAAGAACAUGCCCAGUUCUCUGAAGAAAGGGAUGCCCUGAGAAUUGAACUUGAUGGCUUGAACUCUCGAUUCGAAAGCAAAGAAAUUGAACUACAGGAGUUGCAGAAGUCAUAUGAAAAUCUCAGUGAAGAAGAAGGAAGGCUUAAAGAGCAGUUGGCUAGCAUGGCAAAGCUUGAAGUUGAGAUUCAACAGAAGUCUGGGCAGUCUGAGGCUCUUGGCAGCAAACUUGAGCAGCAGGAAAGGCAGCUAGGGAGCCUUCGACAAGACCUUGAAGAAAAGUCCAUCCAGCUUACAGAAAAGGAUAACAGUUUGAGAGAGUUGAGGGAAUUGGAGUCUGUCUUGACAGCAAAAGUAGCAGGACUCCAAAUAGAGCUGGCGCAGAUAAAAUCUGAAGCGUCUGAGAGGGCAGAACUUACAUCCAAGCAAGAGGAAAGGCUGAAAGAAUUGCAAGACGCUGAAACUUCUCUCAAAGCAGAGAUUGAGAGCAAAACCCAGGCCCAAGAAUCUCUUUCUCUUGAGCUUCAAAACAGAAAUUCAGAACUGCAGAAUGUUGUUAAGGAACACAGUGACCAAAUAGAGAAGAUUUCAGAGACUCACAAGACCCAAAUGUCUGAAUUAAGGAAUCAGGCAAAAUCAAAGAUAACCACUGUCAAAAAGCAUUACGAGGACCUGCAAGAGAAAAACAAAGAAAAGUUGGCUGAGUUUAAAGCAGCUCAAGAAGAGAAGACCAAACACUUGCAAGAGGAGUUUGAAGAAAGUAGAAAGGCUCUGAAAGAGAAAGCAGAGUCUGACCGAUUAGAGCUCAGCAACCAGCAUUCAGAGAAAGUUUCUCUCCUGGAAUCCAAGAUACUAUCUCUUCAGGAAACCAUGCACGAACUCCAGGAAGAGAAUGAGAAAAAGAUGUCAGCCAUCACAAAGAAUCACCAAGAAGAGGUAGAGAGACUGAGCAAGGAUGCUGAAGAGAAACUUGGUCAGAGAGAAGCUGAUUUCCAGAGUCAGCUGUCAGAUUUGGUCAAAGAGAAGGAAGUAGGCUCCGAGGACCUGAUGUCAAAGCUGCAAGCAACACAACAAGAGCAGAUUGAGCGUCUCACGCAAGAGCAUCAAGAAACACUGAAGAGGGACAAGGAAACUCACAAAAAGCAGAUGAUUGAGUUCCGCGACCAAGCCAAGGCCAAGAUCUCUUCCCUCAAGUCCCAGAUGGAGGAGCUCAAACAGGAAAAGGAACAGAUGAGCCAGGAACAUCAAAAACAAGUCACAGAGACUCUUCAACGAUCCUCAAGUGAUUACUCAGCCGAGAUACAGAACCUAAAGAAGAUUCACACCGAAGAACUUGAAAGCUCUGCUAAGAAAUACGCAGAGAGGGUUGAAGAGUUGGAACAAGCGGCCAAGAGAAGAGAGGAUGGAUUUAAACAAGAGUUGGAUGACACUUUGCAGAGAUUGGAGAAGGAAAAGUCUGCAGAGAUUGAAAACUUGAGAGAAAACAAUUCUUCUUUGCAGAAGGAGCACCAAGAGAGCCUUGCCCUGGAGGAGAAGAAAACAACAGAGCUCAUCGAGAAGCUAGAAAAGUGCCACAAGGAGGAGUUGGAGAAGAAAGAUAAGGAGCUGAAGGCCAACAUGGAGCAGCUGGAGCAACAGCACUUUGAGAUGGUAGAGGUGAUGCAGAAGCAGUUUGAGGGGUCGACUCGGCAAGAGGGAUCCAAGUAUGAGCAGCAGAUCGAGCAGAUGGAGAUGGAGCACCAGCAGAAGAUCGACGAGUUGAUUGAUAACGACUUGGAGAUGCAGGUCAAGGUGAAGGCAGCGGAAGAGCAGAUUGCACUCAUGGAGAAACAAACACAGGACCUGUUGGCACUCCACAAGGAGAAGUCGACUGCGCUGGAAACUGAGAUCACCUCCUUGAUGGCCAAUUAUGAUUCCGAGAGACAGAAGCUGACAGAUGAGCUUCAGGACACCAAGAGGAAAUUGGAGGAAGAGAGGGAGAACUUAUCUUCACAGAGUGACAGCAAGAACAAAGAUCUUGAGAGGAUUGAUGAAUUGGUGCAGCUUUGUGGUCAGAAGGACAACAGGAUCAGCGAAGUUGAAGAGGAGUUGAAACAGGAAAUGGAGAAAGUGAAAGAGGUUGAACAUUUAAGAUCAUCUGCUGAAAGUUCCAAGGGUGAGACAUUGGGUAAGAUAUCUGAACUGGAACAGUUGUGUUCAACCAAAGAUGAUAAGAUCUCACAGUUGAUGGAGGAAUUAAAGAAGGAAACGGCCAAGGUUGCCGAGGAGCAACAAGCGAGACUAUCACUGGAAAAUGACUCCAAGAAAAUGGAGUCGGAGAGGAUAAAGGAACUAGAAGAACUUUGUCACACCAAGGACAACCGUAUCGCAGAGAUGGAAGAAACAGUGAAGCAAGAAAUUGAGAAGGCAAAAGAGGAAACCAAGCAGAGAGUUGCAGAUCUAAAGAAGAAGGCCGAGGGAAGACUGGGAGAGAUUAAGAAACAGUACCGUGAUGAUCUGGACACCAGAAAGAAGCAAUUCGAUGCCAUCGAAGAGCGAUGCAGGACGCUAACCAACGAGCUGUCUACCGCUAAAUCUUCCCAACUUGAAGAAGUCGCAGCCCUGGAAGAGCAGAUCAACACCUUAAAAGCAGCUCAUGAACUGGAGGUCUUAACACUCCAGCAAGAGUUAACGCAGGAACGCGAGAAGAUCCAAGUUUCAAGUGCGCAACCCGUGGAGGAAACCAUCAUGGUAGCCAGGGAGGGGAUGCUAGGAGCUGCUCCUCCCUCUGGUGAUGGCGAUAAAGUUGACAAGGAUGCAAGGAGGAGAGAGAAAGAACUAGAAGAGAAACUGAGGAAAACCAGCGAGAAAUUGGAGCAAGAAAUUGACUUACUUAAGCAAGAGCACAAGAUUGAAUUGGACAAGCUCACCACAGACAGCGAGAAGAGACUGACAAGCCUCCAGAGGGAGUGUGACAAGAAGCUGGAAGAGCAGGGGCUUGAGCAUCACUCCAAGAUCAAGCAGAUGGUCAGGGAGAUGACGACCAAGAUGGCGACCAAGGAGCAGGAGACGGAGAAGGCACUCCACGAAGCCAUCUAUAAAGGUCAGAAUGUUGAGCAGCGGAUCGAGAAGGAGCAUAGGGGGAUGGUCAAGGAGCUGCAACGAGAGAUUGACGAGCAGGGAAGAGAGUUAGAGUGCAUCAAUGAUAGACAUAAAGAGGAAAUUGCUGAAUGUCGCGAGCAGAUCAAGCAGGUCAAGCAGACGUACGAGGCGCGCAUCGGCCAGCUGAACGUGGACCACAAGGCCCAGCUGAACGAGAUUGAGUUCCGUCUGGAGCACCAGGAAUCCACCCAUCAGAACGAGCUGUCGGACCUGGAGGCGAAGCUCAGGAAGGAGUUUGCCGCUUACCAGAAGUCGCUCAGCGCUGGCAAGCAGGGAGGCAACGAGAUGGGCUCUGUGGAGUCCUUAGAUCCCCUCUUAGCUAGUCCUGAAAACUUGAAUCCUGAGGAGCUGAAUCAAAACAAUAUCAUGUUGAAGGCUGAGGUUCAACAACAGAGGGCUCACCUGGCUCAGCUCCAGCUGCGAGAGAGGCAGCUGCUGGAUGAAAACAGCGCCCUCAGGGGGUCAGAACCAGGGUCGCCAGUGGCAUCACCCAACAGUACACCCAGCAAACACAAGACCAUCACGUUGACAGAACCUACGCAAAUUGAGUAUUUGAAGAAUGUGCUGUACCAGUACAUGAUGGGCCGAGAAACGAAGACUAUGGCCAAGGUGAUAGCAGCCGUCGUAAAGUUCUCUAAAGAGCAGACGGACGACAUAGUAGCACACGAAGAAAAGAAGAACACCAACUUGGAGUGACGAUCCGUUGCCCCAGCCCCAACUUUUUAUGGUAGUGUGUUUACUUUUCCUUUUUAUUUGUCAUGGUUCAUGAGAUUGCAUCAAGUAUGUGCAUUAUCCCAUCACGACUUCCAUUUCGUUCUAAAAUUAAAAAUGUACAAUUCAAGUAUUUUUGAUUUGGAUUUUGUUUAAAAAUAUAAUUUCCAUUUGCCUGCUUUAUUUUUUUUUCUUUAAACUAAGCUUGGCUGAUUUUUUUUCUUUUUUCUUUUCUUCGGCUUUUGGGGUCCUGUCCUGAAAUAUUCACUUUUGCCACAAAAUGUUGACGAAUUGG